GCUCGAUCGAAUUACAGUGCACUUGCUUUCUUCCAAAUCGACUGGAUCAAUACCUACUCGCCACUAUCCCACCUACUCCGACAGACUAUCAGCAGGGUUUACGAUGCCAGUAGUGUCGACGAGAAAACCAGAGCAGACACAAGAAUUUCACCGUGAUAGCGAUUAUGACGGACAUUUGCCUCUCACACUGGGAUUGGGUUUGCUCGUGGGAACCGUGUCGUUCUUAUUUGUGGGUCUCCUGUUCAUAAUAUGCCAACGUUUACGAAAGUACCGAGGGAUGUUGACCGAAAACGAUGAUGGCUACACUGCUCUGGACGACAACGAGCAUAUACAGUUCGAUAAGGAGAAGCUUCAUUUAACCACUGUACCCGGAACCACUGGGGAAUCGAGUUCCAAGCCUGGUUAUGUUUCGACGGAUACUACGGCCCAGAAACGAGUGCUGUUUGAGGCUUUUUCAAUCGGAGACGAGGAUGAUCAACUUAGCGAUGUAGAGAAUAACAAGUUAGCUGUUAGACCAGUCAAGUCACACCAUGUUAAAGUCGAACCCAUCACCAUCAUGACAAGUGUCACCGUGGUUCCGCAACAAACUCCCGAGCUUCCUCCACCCCUUCCUACCGUCGAGGAUCAAAUGCACCGGGAAGCCGAACCUUUGGAUUCCAACACAUGCAAUGAAGGUCAACACAGGUCAUACGAGGAGAAUAAACUUGAACUGAACUUUCCAAAACAGGAAAUACGGCGCAUCAGUAGCACACCAAAUCUCAAAUACCUGGAAGCUACGGAGACAGCAUCAGCUUACCCGGCACUCCCAAAUGUACUGCCUGAACAGAUGAGUAAGAAGCAGAGUCCACCGCUGGACGAUACUGAGUUAUUUACCGGUGGAUGCACAGAGGAAGACCUCGAGAUGGUAAACGAAGACGGCACGUUGGUGGACAGCACGGAACACAGUGCUAUACAUGUGUCCGGAUCCGUUGGAGAUAUUGGCUCAAUAAGGCCACUGCUACCGAUCAGGCUUCCACCGUGGGCUCUCGCCACCGGAAAACCGGAGAGUGGCUUCUUGGUAUUCUCCUUGAGUAUCAACCAAAAACCGGGGUGUGAUUCGCCCCGGUUUUUGCUGGAUGUACGCGUGCUUGAAGCCAGAUGUGUGCUAAGUCGAAACGUGGAACCAAGAGCUGGAAAAUUCUAUGUGAAGGCAAGAAUCCAACCUGAUGGGUCGAAGGACACGUUUUCGAUAUAUUCGCUGGACCAACUCAAUCGGAAACCACGUUCCAUUUUCUCGGAUGGGUCACAUCAAUCGGUUUCCUUGGGGCGUAAGGGGACAAUAAGCGUAGGAAGUACCCCUGUCAGGCGAGCAUACCGAUCGCCAGUGUUUUGGCAUGCCAUCACUCUGGAGACGGCACUGCCCAAUUACAUGUUCAAUGAUGAAUCACAAAUGGUGGCACGUUUUGGGAAUUCGUUGUACACUGAGAAGUUAGAGACACAGAGACUAGAGCUGAAACUUGAUCUGAAGGAACGAAACGCACUCAAGUCGGAUGGAUUGUACGGAAGCAAUUCCAGUCUAUUGUUGCCGGCAUGGAAGCAAUCGCAACUUUUGGGUUCGGUACGUAUUCCUUUGGAUCAUAGGAUGUGGAAUUACUUUCUUCGGGCCAGUGAAGAUAUCCAAUGCAGUCCACUGCGCCGAUCGACGCUCAUCGACAGAAGCGAUGAAGAGCUGGCAAACGAUAGGACCGAACAGGAAAUCCAGACACGGAACAAACGGAGAGCACUAGCAGUCGAGCCACGGGUUUUACGAUUUGUUCGAAAACUGGAAGUGCCAUCUGAGGAUGCAAUCGACCGUGGAGAUUUAACUAUCGGACUGCAAUAUAACAACGAAAACGCCAAGCUGACACUCAACCCACUGAAGUGUUCUGCUAUCCACCUGCCUAAGGGGACAAGUGAGUGUGUAAACAAACUGCUUCGAUCUGGCGUAUUUUACCCAGAUAAAAAUGGGAAAAAGUAGAAUAUGUAAUCAAUAUAUGGGGUGCGUCAUGCAUAAUGCUUGUGUAAAAUCCCACUGGAAGCCGAUAGCAGAAGCGUAUACCCUAAACAACUGACCAACGAGCUCUGUAGCUAGACAGUACCACAACAAACAUUUGUUUGUAUGAUGCGUGCAUCUAGUGUUUGAUGGCGAUAGCUGCGACAUCACCCGAUGAUUCUUUCUACUCCUCACAGAGCACAUAUUUCUCCGGGCUACGCUGAUGACCAAUCGGAAGGUGUUGGCCACACAACACUCUCAACCAUCAGCCAGAUUGAGCAUGAACGCGGCGGAGUUCCUGCUCGGUGAGAGGAUGCAAUUCGCAAUAGAGGAGCAUUUGGACCAAGUGUGUCUCCUACUGUGUAUAUUUGCUCGUCUGGGGAAACGACUCGGAGAGACAGUCUCGCUGAUAGGUCGUUGUGUCACGGGACCGGAAGGGUUGGCCUAUGGCGAAGGACUCUCUCACUGGAAGGCAAUUAGUAACCAACGAGGAAUGGUCAAACGCACUCACGUCCUUUUUUGAACUCGCAGUUACAGUUGUUACUGAAACCGUUUGAUCAAAUAAAGCCUCCCAAGGGCGGCUUAUUGACAGUAACAGUGAACGAACAACUUACUGCGGUAAAUAAGAGUGCCUUCACAGAACAAAGCACGGGCGCAUAGUUCAACAGCGCUGGCGUGGCGGCAAUUACGACGC